UCGACAAACAAACAAUCUAGGACGCAACAUCGCUGGAGGCCAAAAUACCACCAUAUUAAAGGAUAUUAGAGGAGGAUUUCCCGACAACGAUCAAACCUUGUUUCUCUCUCCUAAAGGCACUUUGGGAAAGCACUUGAAAAAAAAAGCAGCCGGUUUCUUAAAGCUUGGGAACCAUCCGGAUUCAUGCGUUAUCCCUAAGGCCACUUCUUCAGAAUAGCCAAGAUUAAUUGCUAGUGUGAAGCAUCGCACCCCGGCUGGCGAUCCGACGCGCUCUAAGCGUUGGUGAUACAAAUAAGAGGCGGCAGCGAAAGACAGAAUCGGUAUCUGAAGGAGCCCCGGUGGCAAUUCACCAUGUUUGACCGCUUGCGAAAUUCCUCAAAGGAUCAGGGUGCGCCGACGAUGGAUAGGAAGAAGCUCGAGGCCUGGCAGAAAUCACGUUCUCAGGGCGUAAAGGGAGGAGACGCGCAUUACCAGUAUUCUAUCAAAGGAGGACCAGCUCCGCCCCCGAGGCCGUCGAGAGAACCCGUCCACCCGACUCAACGUCAGCAGAAUCGGCAAAAUCUCCGACCCGCACCCCCCGUACAAGCGCCGAACCAACAUCGCAAUUCGAACUACCCACGUCCCGUAUCCUCCGUCUACUCACAACCUUCGCCGGCCGCUGCUACCUUCGCCGCGCGACAGCUGAGAGUUGAAGUUCCGCCUUACAACAAGCCUUAUAACCUGAACGAAGUUUCCCCGCCGAGUUCCCCUGACGCCUUUUCACCACAGGACGAGCCCAACCCAGGCGAUGUCUCUCCUAUAGACGAUAUCCCAGGCAUGUCUCAACUCGCCAUAGACCCUCGGGGUCCCGCAAAAAAUGAAUCUCGCACCAAUAUUCCAGCAGCCCGUCGCGAGCGUCGGAAGAACUCGGAUGCUGCCAUGAAUGCUCUUCGAGAGGCCAAGUCUCGUGAGAAGCUAAAGCAGCAGCGGCCAUAUGGCCACGAUGUGCUCUGGGACCCGAAUACCGGGGAACCUACUACAGAUACGAAGGGUAGACCGUCGCAAGUAAAUCCGCAACAAUUUGUUCAGGGUCUUGGUGAUCGCCCAGGCUCGGUAUCUCCGCCACCAGCCAAACCGGCUCAUCAAGGCCCUAUUUCCUUUGGCGACCGUUUGCGUCGAAUACGACAACCCAGCGGUAGCCCUCAACCUGAAUCAGCUCCACGACCGGCAUGGCGAGGGGCUAGUGGUCGAACAACUCUUGUUGCACCCGUGAACGACACAGAAGACGUGGCUCCACUGCAGCUACCCCGGAAAAGUAGCAAACGAGCCGCCCGUGAGGCUGGUACUUUAGCUCGUAUUGACUCUGUCGAUUCUGAACUUACUUCCCAGCCGCAAUCGCCUAAUAUUGCAGUCGCGAAUACAAACGCCAAUCCGCAUACGUAUCCAAGCUCACCCCUUUCGGACGAUAACAUGGCCGGUAAUCCUCCUCAUCAAUCUCUACAAGUCCCAUCGAACGACAAGGCAGUUCGUAGGAAGCCAACAGGUGCCCCCGGCUACCAGCCCCACCAGUCAACCUCUUCGUCCGUAUACUCGCAACAAGAAAUCCACCCAGCCCAGGCACCACCUGACACGUCCCUGGAAGGUUGGACGCAACCGCCCUCUCGUUUCAGCGUCACCACAUACGGAACAUCAGACCAAUCAGCCCAUAGGGAGAGUAUAGAAGAGGACGUGCCGCCAGUGCCCGCUCCUUCAGAGCCCUCAAUCCUUGACCGCAAGCGUCCGGUAGUCACAGGCUAUGAUAGCAACUCCCCACGAAAAAACAGCCCUGUGGAACCCGUCAAGAUUAGCUUAGAUUCGUACUAUAUGACGGGUGCCGGAAGCAAUGUCAAAAGCAGCAGCACCAGCAAAUCCGACAUCAAGAACAAGGUCAUCAACAAUAUUAGCCUCCACAACAACAGCUCGAAGCUUUCAAUUACAUCGACAAUGGAUAAAUCCCUCCCCCCAGCACCACCCGAGACGCAGUCAUUGGAAGCCCACGAUCGCGUGGCGCAGCUAGACGCACGGUUACGGGCACUGGGUAAUCGACGCAUCAACCUAAACACUGCGAUCAAGCAGAUGACGGAGCUUAUGCCGACGGACCACAUCCUGGCGAGCGACGCGGUGGCGCGACGGCGCGAGGAAGAGAAACGCAAAGUAGAGACGCUGCGACUCGAGCUGGCCGAUGUCGAGCGCGAGAGCUAUGAUCUUGGGCUAAAGCUACACCGCGUCUAUAAGAGACUCGAUCGCAAUGCGGAAUACGAGCCGACCACGUUGUGGGUGAGGAGGGUUACGGGGUAGUAGGACCAAAGUUGGGGAGUGGAGAAGAAGGGAACAUGGGCUGUUAAACAAGCGUAAGGGUUAUAGUAGCAACGGUGUUGGCAGCGAGAUUUACGUUGUUGAAGAAGCACUGGAUUGCUCACCUUCCAUAAUGCGAUACCCAGAACAAGUUGAGACUUUCCCUACUGGAAAGGAAGCGGGGA